CGGGAGGGCCGCGUCAGGGACAAUCGAGGAAGAGGGCGUGCAAGUUGUGUGGGAUUUGAAGAAUGAUUUGCGGCUGCAUCUGUUUGAAUCUGGGGUGUCUGUACACCGCGGCCUUGCUGCUGCUGCUGCUGCUGCUGCUGUCGGGGCUGUAGUGGAGGCCCUUGUGGGGAGCGACGGGGCCCUUUGCCAGCGCGCAGAUGAGCUGCAGUUCAGGCUGCAGCUGAUGCAGCAGCAGCAGCAGCAGCAGCAGCAGCCGGACCAGCAGCUGCUGCUGCCCGUGCAGCGGGCGUCCCUAGGAAGCACAACGGAGAGGCUGCUGCUGCGCGUGCUGGAGUUUCUGCAGCAGCAGAAUGACUAUUAUUCGGGCAGAGGGGGUGCGGGAAUUUGGCCCCCUGUGUCUUCAUGGGUGCCAGAUGCUGCUGCUGCUAGCUGGCCUUUUGCUGCAGCAGCAGCAGCAGCAGCAGCAGCAGCAGCAAACGGCGAGGAAAGCCGCCGCUACUCGGAGGUUUCUUACUUGUCUCCCUACAUGCUGCAGACUUGGCGGUUGCUCGUUGCGCUGCUGCUGGAUCCCACGCAGCAGCAGCAGCAGCAGCUGCAGCGGCUGCUGCAGCAAGGCCCCAACAGAGACUUAAAUGUUUCUUUUGCUGCUGCAUUAGAGAGAGAGCGGCAGCUAAAUGUUCUUCAGUGGCUGCUGGAGGAGGGCCGGCCGCUGCUGCUUAGCUUCCUGCGAAGGGCUGGGUCGCCUGCAGCAGCUCAGCUGCAGCAGCAGCAGCAGCAGCAGCAGUUGCUGCUGCAAAACCACCAGCUCUUCCUAUCCUGCAACGCCAAGGCCCUACUCGAGGCCUUCGCAGCAAAGGGAGAGCUGCGGAGGUUUGCUGCGCUGCUGCACCUGCUGGCCAACGGCCACGGGCUGGCAUGUGUGCAUCUGCUGCUUAAAGGGGGCGCCUUCUACCCGCAUUUGGCUCUAACAAUUGCUGCCCACAUUCAGCAGCCACUUGGAUCUCAACUGCUCUACGCGGAUGCGCUGCAGGCGUCUGCGCUGCCGCAGCCCCCGCAGGAAGUGCGGCGGCUGGGGGGGGCCCCCCCUCCUGCUGCUGCUUGUGGGGCCCCCAGCAACAAGCUGCGCUGUCUGCAGCCAGGAGAGGAGCGGGGAGCAGCAGCAGCAGCAGCAGCAGCAAGGGGAGCCCCCGCCGCAGCGGAGAGCGACGCAGCGAGCGGCGCAGCAGCAGCAAAGCCGGGACCUUCGGGGACCGACGCAGCCGCAGCAACAGCAGCAACAGCAGCAACAGCAGCAGCAUGGGCUGAAGACGCGCCGCACCUGGACUGGAAGGCCGAGCUGGCAGCAGUGCUGCUGUUCAAUAGAGAAACAGCAGCACUUGUGUCUCCGCUGCUGCUGCGGGAAGAGCUGCGGCCUCCCCCGCAGGCCCCCGACGCCCCCAGAGACUUGAAGAGGCGGGAAGCUCGCUCGCUGCAGCAGGGCCUGAAGGCGCAGCAGCAGCAGCAGCAGCAGCAACACUACCAGCAGCUGCUAAGCGAGGAGCAGUUUGACAUGCAGUUCGCCCUCCUGAGGCAGCACGCAGGCCUCAGCCCGCCCUCUCUUGCUGCAGUGGGCAGCUGGCGCUGCAGCCCUUUCCCGCUGGACUCGCAGCUGCCGUGGCUGGCGGGGCUGGCGCUGUGCAUGCACUACUCAGGAGAAGCAGCAGCAAAGCAGCAGCAGCAGCAGCAGCAAGGGCUGCUGUGGCUGCCGGACAAGCAGUUCGUUGCUGCGCUGCCCCCCAGCACGCAGCCCUCCAUCCGGAGGCUGCUGCAGCAGCAGCAGCGGCUGACUGCUGCCUUUGCAGAGCAGCUGGAGUUCUGCGGCAUGUGGCCCGUUGCAUGCGCGGUGCUGCUGCUGGGCCCUGACAGAGACGCAGGCGUGCUUGCUGCGCGGGCCCUUGUGGGGAAAUACGGCAGAGAGCUGAGUGCAGAAGUGCCAGUGCAGCGGAGACUUUGGGCUUCGCAGCUGCUGCUGCAGCAGCUGGGCCUUCCGCAGUCCUGGCUGCAGCGGGCCCACGGGGACUUGCUGCAGUCGCGAGGGAAGCACCUACAGGCGAGUCCUUGCUGCUGCUGCUGCUGCUGCUGCUGUUUCUGCUGCUGUCGCUGCUACUACCUGUGCUGCUGCUGCUGCCUCUGA